AAACAGUGAAACCCUCCCAUAGAGGUGAGAGCGUAGAUGUCAUGAGAAAAGCGACCGCACUACCAGAGCGCAACAACCGACGCACCGUGCGAACUCAGCCCGACUCCCUGCGACCUGGUCUGGGAUGCUUUUAGCGCAGAGACGCCUCCACUCAGGGCAGUCCGUGGAAGUCGACGCAGAUCAUCAACACUCUUUUCGUUGUUGUUGUUAUUUUUAACCGAGGAUCUUUCCCCCGCACCCUCCCAUCCCUCCCUUUUCCAGUGUUUGUGUUUGUUUCUCCAUGACUGAUGCUUUGGGAAGCGAGCCUCAGCACCAGCUCCAGCAGCGGCACCAUGCGAGCCCAAAUCGAAGUCAUACCUUGCAAGAUCUGCGGAGACAAAUCAUCAGGUAUCCACUACGGAGUCAUUACGUGUGAGGGAUGUAAGGGUUUCUUCAGACGGAGUCAGCAGAACAAUGCAGCCUACUCCUGCCCCCGCCAGAGGAACUGCCUCAUCGACAGAACAAACCGCAACCGAUGCCAACACUGCCGCCUGCAGAAAUGUCUCGCCCUAGGAAUGUCCAGAGAUGCUGUAAAGUUUGGCCGCAUGUCCAAGAAGCAACGGGACAGCCUAUAUGCAGAGGUCCAGAAGCACCAGGCGCGACUGCUGGAGCAGCAGCAGCAGCAGACAGGUGAAGCGGAAGCUCUAGCACGCGUUUACUCGUCCAGCCUAACCAACGGACUGUCCACCCUUAACCAUGAGAUUGGGGGCACCUAUGCCAAUGGCCACGUCAUUGAGCUGCCCAAGGCUGGCCAUGGUAACGGAGGCGUUGUCCCAGGGGGAUACUAUGGGAUGGAUUCCACCCAGCCGUCUCCAGACCAGUCAGGUUUGGACAUGUCGGGCUUGAAGCACAUUAAGCAGGAGCCGGUGUAUGACCUGACGCCAGUGCCCAACCUGUUCAGCUACGGAGGCUACCAGGACAGUCAGCUGGGACCCAAUAACGUCAGCAUGGGAGAGCUGGACCGUAUUGCUCAGAAUAUCAUCAAGUCCCACUUGGAGACAUGUCAGUACACAACAGAGGAGCUGCAGCAGUUAGCCUGGCAGACACACUCCUAUGAAGAGGUCAAGAUGUACCAGAGCAAGCCUCGGGACGCGUUGUGGCAGCAGUGUGCCAUCCAGAUCACCCAUGCAAUCCAGUACGUGGUGGAGUUCGCCAAGCGCAUCUCAGGGUUCAUGGAACUGUGCCAGAACGACCAGAUCCUCCUGCUCAAGUCCGGUUGUUUGGAGGUAGUCUUGGUGCGGAUGUGCAGGGCGUUCAACCCUCUCAACAACACUGUGCUAUUUGAAGGGAAGUACGGAGGCAUGCAGAUGUUCAAAGCUCUAGGUUGUGAUGACUUAGUGAGUGCGGUGUUUGACUUUGCCAAGAGUUUGUGUUCACUGCAGCUGACAGAGGAGGAGAUCGCUCUGUUCUCAGCAGCUGUACUAAUUUCCACAGAUCGACCGUGGCUGAUGGAACCUCGGAAAGUCCAGAAGCUCCAGGAGAAGAUCUACUUUGCUCUGCAGCACAUUAUGCAGAAGAACCACAUGGAUGAAGACGCAUUGGCUAAGCUGAUCAGCCGAAUCCCCACGUUGUCAGCCCUGUGCACGCUCCACACCGAGGAACUUCAGGCCUUCCAGCAGCUACACCCAGAAACAGUCAACGUCCUCUUCCCUCCGCUCUACAAAGAACUCUUCAACCCCGACCCCAACUCUGCCAUGGCCAUGCCCAAGUGACUGCCUGUGGUCCCAAUGCAACAAACAGCAUCAGCGGAGGACCAAGAAAAUAAGAAGACAGCCACGUCUCACGAGACGGCAGCAGCCGUGUCAACUAUGUCAUCGUCGUGGCAAACAUCUAUUCCUGCGCUCCCCGAGCCUCAUUUUGGGCUGGGGGGUGAGGAAUCAUCUGCCAGAAACUUACAGUUACCGCCAACAAUACUAGGAAUGUCAAGCACUUAUCCCAUCCUGUUCACCGAUACAGUCUGAAGAAUGUAAAUAUAAAUGAAACUCACCCCGAGCCACAACGUAAGUGAGGCUUCCUCCCGUCUUCUGAACUGAACUGACUGACCAGAAAUGUACAGACUUUAAAACAUCUAGGAACAAUUUUAAGCUGUCAAUCUUUAAAAGAAAUGGGUAAGUUAAUUUGUUUUAACUUUGAAAAAAAAUCUUUUUUGUUUGUUUUAUUUUUUUGUUUUUUUCACAUGAAUAAGUUGUGAAGUUGAAGAAGCUGAAUGGGGAAGGGAACUGUGGAUUUAGAAAAGCUAUUGUAGAUAUUCUUCUAGUGCAGAACGGAUUCCAGUAUUACUUCUUGUUCUGUUAAAAUAAGUUAGUCCUAAUUUAAAUAUACAGCAGUCCACCAUGGCUGACUAUACCUUGUCUAUGUGUUUUUGUUUUAUUUGAUCGAUUUUUGUGUACAGAAUUUGUAAAGUUCAGACUUGUAAAAGAAUAUUGGGUAAAACCGGGAAUCGAUUCGGGUUUUGUUGAUAUAUAGAAGCCUUGUCUGGAUUUUGUUCAUAUGUAAAGAAGGUACUGCAUCCUUCUAAUGAGAACUUAUAGAAAUGUAAAGAGAGCAUAUGAAGGAUUUAAAAAGAAAAUAAUGGCUACUACUUUUCAAGGUGAAGAUAUAUACAUAAAUAUUAUAUUUUCCAAAAAAAAAAGAAUCUGGCAGAUUUGCCAUCUUAUCAAUCAUUUUCUUCUCGCUGCAAUAAUUACGUCCAAUUAAAUGCUGGACUGCUUUCGAACAAUCAACCAGAAACAACCAAUCAGAAACUAGGACCUCAUAUUAAACCCCACCUCUUUCCAAGUUCCCCUCAUCCUGCCCUUUAUUUCCGAUGUAUUAGGGCCUUGACAUGAGAUUUCCGCGGACAGAACUGGAUAGAAAUUACAAUGAAGAAGUGGAGGAUAACAAUUCCACCAAACAACAGAUGACAAAAUCAAACUUGAGUUCAUUAACUCAUAACUUUCCAAUCUUCAUAAACCUGUAUGAGUGCUGUAUGCCCUCAUCCCUCCCAUUACUAUUUGCACAAUUCAGUCUAUGGACGUCAAUCCCUCCAGGCUGUGAAUAUGAAGGACCCUUUUCUCUAAAGAGCAAUAACUUUCACACUGCCUUUCUGAUCUUACUUCUCUCCUUUCCUCCUCUUCCUAUUUCCAGCUGUUCAGAACAGGGUAGCAGUUUGAACUAGAAUGCACUACAUUUGACUCCUGAUCAUAAAUUAUGUCGAACAAUCAUCUCAUUCAACCACAGACUCUGCAUUGUUUUCAAUGUGACACAAUAUGAUCUGGGGUCAGGAAAUAGCACAGAGCACUGACUGACAGAUGUGAAGAAAUACAGAUUAGCCUACAAUGAUCUUUAACACUUAAAGCUGCAAUAUUACAUCGACAAUUCACACAGAAAGCUGUGAUAGACAAUCACUUUUUUGCUUUUUUUGUUCGUCACUCCAUAAUCAUUAGCACUUACAGAUUGACAUUUUAGUUGCUUUUUCUACAUUAAUGUUAUGUUGAUUAGCAUUUGGCCACUGUGUAAAGUCACUCAUUCUACUAGGCACUUGUACCUUCUAAGGAUGUUCUCAUCAGUGUAUUUGCAAUUCUGCAUUCAGUCUACUAAAGAGCUUCCUUUAAAGUGAGCCAUUUACCAAAAUAAGUGACCCACUGCACAAUAACAGCACAACAUUGAUCAGCUUGUUAGAGGAACGUCUAGCUGGUCUAAGACAGCACUUAGACUUUUACCUCUAAUUUAAUUACUAUGAUUAGUGGACUCUGAUCUAGAGUUAUUUAAGCACUAAAAGUGAAGAUCUGUGUUAAGUUUUUGGGCAAAUGUUCAUUGCCCAGUGGCCAAAUCUUCAACUAGCUCACAGAGCACAGACACAAUCAGACUAGUUACGCAUUCAUUGACAUUAAAACACUUGAACAUUACCAUUUGCAUCCUUGCAUGUUUUUUUCCAUAUGGUGAACAGAACAAUGUCGGCAGCACGGGAAACGAGUGUCAAUGCUAAACAUUAGUGAUGUGCUCACAUCCAUCUGAUCCAUUCACAGGAUCCUUCCCUUGACCCCUGACCCGACCCCAGAUCAGAGGCCAGUGACUCUUAAGACAAUCACUUGCUCAUUAAGGCUCGAUGCACUACACGGCAUCUCUCAGGGAAAAGCUCUUUUUCUGACUUUGCAUUAAAAGAGGGUUUAAUAUUUUUGCAAAUUUACAAGAAAAAAAUGUAAUUAUAAAAGAAUGACUUUUUAGGAUAAAAAUGUCAUACGCCCGCAAGGUAUGCUGGCAAAGGAAUCUGCCCAGACAAGGCUUUGAUGAGUGUGUGUAUGUGCGCAUAGAGCAUGAAUUCACUGUCCAAAUCUCUUUAGAGCCCAGACUAUAUGACAAGCAUUGUUACGUAGCACAUGAAGAAAAACAAAAAUAUAUUUAGUGUAUGUCGGUGUGCUCUUGUCACCACUGUACAAUCGUGUUUAUUGCUUAUUUUGCUGCUUUUGGGACAGCGAGGGAAGUUCACUGGUAGGCUAUGAAUCAAGCGCCAUAACAACAUCCCUGGGACAGUGAAUUCCACCUCUGAAUAUGAAGUUUUUGUGUGUGACGCUAUUAUUUUCCCUUGUUAGACUGUGAAUCAGAGGGAUGGGAUGGGGUUAUGAGAGGGGAUGUGCUGGCAAGAACGAGUGGCAACGCAACACUGUAAGUAAGAUACUGUAGCAAUAAGAACUGGAGGCAUUUACUACUGUCAUGUUUGCAUUGUAAGAUUAUUUUUUAUUUUAUUACUAUUUACUAUUAUUAUUGUUCUUAUUAUGACUACUAUUCUUCUAUUACUAUUAGCCUAUUGUUGUUCUGUUCUAUUUGCAUGACGUUUCAUUGCAAUGAAACAUUUGGGGCUUAUUUGUGUUUUUUUCUUCUCAUGAUAUUGUGAGCUUCGUGGGAGGGAGGGGG